AAAAUCAAGGAGCUCCGUGUUUUUCUUCCUAAAAUUAUCUGCUUCUUUCAAUUAUCUACUGAAAAAUCCAGGAGCUUUUCUUCCUUCAUGAACUCAAGCGAAGAAGAAAUCGCCACAGAGAUCCCCGGCGUAAUCCGGGUCUACAAAGACGGCAGCGUCCAAAGACUGAUCGAAACAGAUAUCGUCCCGCCAACCACCGAUCCCAAGACCGGUGUUUCCUCCAAGGACGUAACUGUAAUACCCGAAUUUAACGUCUCCGCUCGUCUGUUCCUCCCCAAACUCGCUAACCCCACACAGAAACUACCCCUCCUCGUCUACUUCUACGGUGGCGCCUUCUGUGUCUCGUCACCGUUCACGCGAAAGUACAACAGCUACCUCACCGCACUUGUCGCCGAAGCGAAUGUCAUCGCGGUUGCAGUUAACUACAGGAAGGCGCCGGAGCACCCAAUCCCCACCGCCUAUGAAGAUUCCCGGGAUGCGCUUCAGUGGGUCGUUUCGCACCGUAAAGGUGAUGGACCGGAGCCUUGGUUAAACCACCACGCCAAUUUUGAACGGGUGUUCAUGGGCGGGGAGAGUGCCGGCGCUAACGUCGCUCAUAAUUUGGCUAUUGUCGCCGGAUCCCCGGAUUUUGGUCUGAACUUGGAGCUCCUUGGAGUUGCUCUGGUGCAUCCGUAUUUCUGGGGGUCAAGUCCGAUGGGGUCGGAGACUUCGAAUCCAAGCAGGAAGGCGAUUGUGGAUCGUCUAUGGCCGUUCCUGUGCCCGUCAAAUCCGGACAACGAUGACCCGCGGGUUAACCCGUUGGCAGAAGAUGGGCCGGGCCUGGUGGGACUGGGGUGCCGGAGAGUGUUAGUUUGCGUAGCGCAGAAGGAUAUUCUUAAGGAUAGAGGGUGGGCUUAUUACGAGAGUUUGGGCCGGAGCGGGUGGAUGGGUGUGGUAGAGAUCAUGGAAACGGAAGGAGAGGAUCAUGGGUUUCAUUUGUAUGAUCUGGAAAGCGAGAAGGCCCAAGAUUUGAUCAGACGGCUCUCGGCCUUUUACAAUAGAGACAUGCCAUUAAUAUUUUGAUUUUAUUAUGUUAAGGAUUAAUUCUUCUUCCUUUGUUAUUGUUGUUGUUAUUAUUAUUUUUUAAAAAUAUUUUUCUGUAACAAAAAUAUCAUGAAUGU